AUGUACCCGCCAACUGAUGUGAUCACUCAGGAUUUCCAGCAUGGUGGUUUAGGCUAUGCAGGAUUAUCAUCCUUAAACCCAAUGACUGAUCGUAUGUUACAAUCCUCCAGUAGUUUUCCGAGACCUAUGCCACCAAUGUCUUCCAGUCGUAUACCUUAUAUCCCU